CAAAUUGGGAAGGUCUUUCGUAUUUCUGCUGGUGUAAUUUGCUCAUCCUGAACUGUGUUUAGAGAAGUAUGGAACUAUUACCCAUGCGAUUGGUGGUCUAGUGACAGACGAAUUCUGGAUUGCUAAACAAUCUGGAUUCGAAGGUCAUCAUAUGAUUACGCGAAUGUAAGUAUAUUACUUACACCCAUUUAAAUACUUAAAAAGAUUCUAUAUGUGGGUUGUACAUCUUCUUAUAAAUUAAUCUGUGUAUUUUCAUAAAUUCGCGAUACCUCCAAGUUAAAAAUAUAAUCUGCAACAAUUUUUUGUUCCAUGCCUAGAAUUUUGGAUAUACACUACAAGCAAAUAAUAAUAUAUUAAAACCCAUGUUUAAACUUUCAUAGAAAGUGUAUCGAAAUAUCCAUUAAAACCCAUGUUUCAACUUUCAUAGAAAGUGUAUCGAAAUAUCCAAGCUCUACUAAUGAUACAAACAAAAGAAAUGCUUCCCUGCACUACUGUGCAAAUAUAUUCGCUUAGAUUAUGGUAAAAAGAAAGAAAAAAUAUGAUGUACCUAAAACUAAGCAAUCUUGUCCAUGUGUGAAAACGCAAUCGCUGGCGUUUAUCACGUAUAAGAACAACUGAUUGACUGGGACAAGUAGUAGUGAUAUGGGGAUGCCGUGCCGUAGAAACGGCUGUAUAAUAUAUUUAGCACCCAUUCCUCAAAACGUCAGUGUAGGAUUUCGCCGUUGUAAAAAAAUGCCGUUAGGUUUUGUUUUCCUUUCAGUUGUCAUAAACUUAGUUAUUUAAUUUAUUCAUCCCUCUUUACUUGCAAGCGUAUUGCGGAAAUUUCUUGCGUGUUUGUUCAUCGUAUGUUUUUUUCCUCUUCUCAUUAUAUUUGUGUUAUGAGGAAAAAGGAGGAACUCAACAAGGGAUGGUCCAUCGAAUGUAUUAGUUCAUUUAAGUCAGUUAUAAAUAUGCUACAGUAUACAGUUAUCCUAUACUUGAUUUUUUUUUCUAACUAACCCACGAUGGUGAUUGACGUUAUCUGCAUGGUUUUAGAAAACGGGUACCGUGUAUAGUUUAUACUAUUGUACUCCUCUUUUGGAAUAUGAUUUUUGUAUACAAUAUGUUUUUUCUAGUUGACAAAAACAACAUAAUUUUUUUUUUCUAAAUGAAGAAACCACCAACUUAAAUUUCUUUUUUGUAUGUAAACACUAAACAGUAAAACCCAUAGUGUCUUCAACUUGAUACAGUUUAUUUCGGUUUUCGUCCAUGUUAUUAUUAUUAUUUUUUUAUUAGUUAUGAUAUUAUUAGUUUUGUAUAAGUCAGUAGUGGAAGAAAAUCAGGCAAAAAUAUAUUUGGUUAUCUGCCUCAAAGAAGUUUAUAUAAUUUGAAAGUAUAAAUAUUUAUUUUGGUCAGAUUAAGAAAUCGAAUUACAAAAUCGAAAGCAUGUGACAAAGUUUUAAUGUCCACUAUUCUUUUUUAGCCCAACGCAACUUCGUGUACGUUACAUCUCCCUAAUAAUAAUGCGUUAAUUACUCCGCCCCAAGCACAUCUUCAUUUACGAUAUACUUGACAUUUUUCUAUUGUAUGAUAAUGAAAAUCAAAAGAGCAACUUGUAGUUACAGUCAUCAUAAGAUCCAUUUGGUGGUAUUUUCAGUGUAUCAUUAAGGACAGAGACUACUUCUUAUCCCAAACGUAUAACGCUUCCUUGUCAGUCUGAAACUGAAUGAAAUCUUUGUGACAAUAACAUCCUCCAUGAACCAUUAUAAAGUGAGUCUGUGACUUGCUUCUACACAGAUAAAAUCCACAAGACCGUUUAACAGACUCAGUCACAAACUUAACGGACUAAAAAAGUUAAACUGUUGGGUAAUGGAAGGGACCGCGCGAACGCUGAUCCCCACUGCCACAAAUAAUGACGCAGGCUCUCCCACAUGGGGAGACCUUAAGCUAAGCACCCCUCCAAUAUGUGCAAUGGAGGUCACUAGCUUAGGCCACUCGUCUUAACGAUCAAGAGUCGACCCCGUCCAGGUAAGUAUCUUUCAACGUUGGACCUUCGUCUUAUUUUAUACUACACGAAAGAGGAGUGUUCAUCUCAAGAUUACCGGUGUGGGAGAAGUAUUAUAGAGGCCGAGUUUAAUUUUGAGACAAUGAUGGGCCUUAAUCCGUGAUUAUAUAUUCCGGCCCAUGUUAUACCCAUUUAACUAAGCUGUAUUUGUUUAUUCUUUAUUUAUUUUUUGUAUUGAAGCGCCAAAACUUCCCUCACAAAACAAUAACAGAACAAUAGAACAGAAAAAGAUCGCAUCCAUUUUUAUACUCUUUGGCCCUCGUCUACUACUUCAUUCCCCUUCUUGAAUCGAAUCAUCAUCUUCUUCUUCUUCUUCUUCUCUCAACCUAACCAAAAACCACAAUCGACAUGACUAAGGAGCUUGCAGCGAAGGCCAAAGAGGCUUUCGAAGACGACGAGUUCGAUGUUGCUGUUGACUUGUACUCAAAAGCCAUCGACUUGGAUCCAAAGUGUGCUGAGUUCUUCGCCGAUCGUGCUCAGGCCAACGUCAAAAUCAAAAAAUUCAUCGAAGCAGUGGAAGAUGCGAACAAAGCGAUAGAGUUGGAUCCUUUAUUGACGAAAGCUUACUUAAGAAAGGGAACUGCUUGUAUGAAGCUUGAAGAAUAUCAAACUGCGAAAAAAGCUCUUGAAAAGGGUGCUUCAAUUGCACCAUGUGAAUCCAAAUUCAAGAAGCUGAUAGACGAAUGCGAGCUUCGUAUCUCAGAAGAAGAGAAAAUUUUGGUUCAACCGGUGGCAUCUCCAUCAGUGAAAGCUGAUCUCACCCAUGUGUCUUCAGCACCGGCCAAACCAAAGUUCAGACACGACUACUACCAAAAGCCAGAAGAAGUUGUGGUCACUAUAUUCGCAAAAGGGAUACCAAAGCAGAAUGUUAAUAUCGACUUUGGUGAACAAAUUCUGAGUGUUGUGAUUGAUGUUCCUGGAGAGGAGGAAGCCUAUCAUCUCCAGCCGAGAUUGUUUGGAAAGAUAGUACCAGAGAAGUGCAGAUAUGAAGUAUUAUCAACCAAAGUCGAGAUCCGUCUUGCCAAAGCAGAGAUCAUCACAUGGGCCUCUCUUGAACACGGCAAAGUGCCAGCGGUUUUGCCAAAGCCAAAUGUCUCAUCAGAGGUUUCAGUGCGACCGGCGUAUCCUUCUUCUAAGAAAGUGAAGGACUGGGACAAGCUUGAAGCCGAAGUGAAGAAACAGGAGAAGGAUGAGAAGCUGGAAGGAGACGCUGCUUUGGACAAGUCCUUACGUGAGAUGUAUUCGAAUGCUGAUGAGGAUAUGAGACGUGCCAUGAGCAAAUCCUUUGUGGAAUCGAAUGGAACGGUGCUGUCGACAAACUGGAAAGAGGUUGGGGCUAAGACAAUCGAGAGCACUCCUCCUGAUGGUAUGGAGCUCAAGAAAUGGGAGAUCUAAUCUUCCUUUUUGAUACAUGGUCCUUUUUCUUCAUGUAAUGAGGAUCCUAAGGUUUCUUUGCUUUUGUCAAGUAUGGCUUUCUCUUCACAACUUUUUUAAUGUUUUCAUCUGAAUAUUCACAGAUCACUAUUCUCAAGUGUCUUGUUAAAACUAUAUCCGCAAAACUAAAUAGCCAAAGGCAAGUAGGCAACUGUAUAUGAGAUUUUCCUACCAAGGGAAGAUGAACACUACAAGAAAACAUAAUCUUAACGAGUGCGAUUUUCCUCGUGAGUUCGUCGUAAAAGAGGCUUUACGACGAAUUAGCGAGGAACCGCGUUUACUC